CUAAAAAUUAUCUGGACUUUGUUGAACAUAUUUGGACCUUCCGGACAACCACACUCCGCUUCAUUCUCUUGUCUACAUUCAUUUGAUACGAAACUACUUAGGAUACAAGAAAAUCCUUACGUUGUUCUUUAUCUCGAAACCCAAUUGUCCGCCGCCGCAAUGUCGCCUAUUGCAGCAGUCGCACCAGGCUCUGCCUCCAAGGACUACAAGAAGGAGUCGACAGUGGCAAGACUGUUAGGAUCAGGAUCUGCGGGCAUUGCUGAACUCGCUGUUUUCCAUCCCGUGGAUACAAUUGCGAAGCGCUUAAUGAGCAACCAGGGAAGGAUCACCUCGGCCGCGCAAUUAAAUACCGUCGUCUUCAAGGACAAGGCUGCUGCGCCGGUGGGAAAGAAAUUCUUCUCGCUAUUCCCAGGUCUUGGUUACGCUGCUGGAUACAAGGUCCUGCAGAGAAUAUACAAAUAUGGAGGACAACCAUUUGUCCGCGACUACUUGGCGAAGAACCACGGCACUGAGUUCGACAAGGCUUUUGGACCAAAGACCGGAAAGGCAAUUAUGCAUUCGUGUGCUGGAAGUCUAAUCGGUAUUGGUGAAAUCGUCCUCCUCCCGCUCGACGUCCUAAAGAUCAAGCGACAAACAAACCCCGAGGCCUUUCGAGGUCGUGGAGUCAUUAGGAUAGUGAGGGAUGAGGGCUUUGGUUUGUACCGAGGCUGGGGUUGGACUGCCGCUAGAAAUGCGCCUGGUUCAUUUGCUCUCUUCGGUGGCUCCGCGUUCACGAAAGGAUACCUCUACGGUCUGACAGAUUAUAACAAAGCUACGUGGCUGCAGAACUUCGUCGCGUCCAUUGCAGGCGCUUCCGCGUCGUUGGUUGUGUCGGCCCCUCUAGAUGUUAUCAAGACCCGUAUCCAGAACCGAAAUUUCGAGAACCCUGAGAGCGGUUUCAAGAUUGUCGGAAGCAUGAUCAAGAACGAGGGAAUCACAAGUUUCUUCAAGGGGUUGGUGCCAAAGCUCCUCAUGACAGGACCGAAGUUGGUCUUCUCUUUCUGGCUCGCUCAGACUCUGAUCCCAGCCUUUGAUAUUGCACUGUCCAAAUAAGGAUGU